AUGGCAGCAGGCGCAGACGAGCCGGGAUGCAGCUCAGAGGUGACAAUAAUUCGCCCCGAACUGCAGAUCUUAGCGGCCGGAGGCUUCCGCUGUCUCCGCUUGCUGGGACGAGGCCAGUACGGCACCGCGCAUCUUGUGGAAUGCACAGACAAACCCGGAGAGCCUGAGCAGGUGGUGGCCAAAGUCGUUUUCCUUGAUCAUCUUAAGGACAAAGACCGCGCUUUGGCUUUGCAAGAGGUGGAGCUCUUGAAGAGGCUCAAGCAUCCAAAUGUGGUCCAACACCACACAUCCUUCCUCCAUCACAGAGGAACGACCCCCCACACGGGCGAAGCACUCGUCAACGUCAUGGAGUAUUGUGCAGGUGGCGACCUGAGAGUCUGGCUCGAGAACUGUGCGGCGGCGGAAGAGCGCCUGCCGGAAGAGUCGGUGUUGAGCCUCUUUGUGCAAAUGCUCAAAGGAGUGGGUUAUGUCCACUCCUGCAGAAUACUUCAUCGUGACCUCAAGACAUCCAACAUGCUGCUCGACCAAGACCAUCGUAUCGUGAAGGUGGGUGACUUCGGAAUUGCCAGAGUUCUGGAAAGCACCACGGCGGUGGCUGCAACGAUGCUUGGGACUCCCUACUACAUGUCGCCGGAGGUUUGUAAGGGCGAGCCUUACCGGGACAAGAGCGACAUGUGGUCUUUGGGAUGCGUUCUGUACGAGAUGUGCCGCCUUCGGCACGCCUUUGAGUCGCAAUCCCUUCUGGGUCUGGUGUACUGCAUUGUGUCGGAGCACUAUGACCCCAUUCCAGAUGUCUAUGCCUCCGAGGUGUCUGAGCUCGUGGGCCUGCUCCUGGCGAAGAACGCAGAUGAGCGGCCCACGGCAGAACAGGCUCUUGCGCUGCCAGUGUUGCAGCCCUACAGCAGUGCGGAGCCCCUGGAGUUUCCAGAGCCGGCAUUUGGGCGGACAGCUCCGGCCGCAAUCAAAGUGAUCGAGGAGGACUCGAGCCCGCCUCCUCCUCCGCCAGAGGAGCUGGUCUCAGAAGGCCCUCGGCCUCCGCCGUCACCGUGGUCACAGGCGUCAUCCACACUGCCCGGUACAAGGCCCGGAGAGCUUGCUGCAAAGCCGCUACCGCCAAAGCGCGUGGUGGCGACUGGCCAGCCCCCGCCGCCACCGCCAGGCCCUGGAGUCUCCUCUGCCUCAAGCUGGCGACCACGUACGCAAGCACUCUUGAACUCUUCGGUCGGGGCACGUGGUGCUCGUCAGAAUGUUGAGAUCAGCGAUGAAGUCCAGGUGAUCUUGGCUCGCGCUCGACAGACUUUGCUCCGUCGUCCACGAGCUAAGGGUAACUGGGUUCAGGCCUUUGCCCGGCACGACACCACGGGUCUUGGUGAACUCAGCCCAGAGCAGUUUGCCACUUUCCUUCAGUCACUGUCCGUGGGGCUGAGCUUGCGGGAGGUGGACUUGAUUGUGGCUUGCCUUCUCGGGGAUCGGCCCGCGGUGUCACUUGCUGUCUUUGGUGAGGCCAUCGAACAUGCGCUGUCGACCGGAGAGAUGGAUGCUGUGCUGCUAGCAACGGAGCUUGCUGGUGAGUCUGCAGAGGGUCUAGCGGCACUCGCGGGGCAGCAUCCAGUCGAUGCUGUCACCUCAUUGGCGACAUCUCCUGACCCGGAUGCACUUCACAGGUUCCUGCUUUGGCUCCCGAAGAACCUGGAUGGAAGCGUGGACUGGGCGACUGCGGAGGAGUGGAGAGCAUCAUCCGUCAAAUCGUCGAAAGCCGGGUAG